AUGACAGAUAGUAAUAUCAUAUGUCCUUAUUGCAAAAAUAAUGCUUACUUUGAUCCAAGGUCGUCCUCAAGCUUUUGUAAAUCAAAACUAUGCAAUGGAAUAGUUAUUGAAUAAGGAAAAAUUACUUAUGAAAAUGAGGUUAAUUUGCACGAGGCAGAUGAACCAGGAAAAAAGUAAACUAGAUUUGGAGGAUAUGAAAAUAAAAGAGAUGCUUUUAAAAAUUAGCUUUGUGAAAUGUUAGGAAAAUCAGAUCCUAAGUAGAGAAAACAAUUUUAUGAAAAAUUUGAAGCUGGAGAACAUCAAAUUUAAAAGUUAUCGAGUAUUUUUAGAAUGAAUGAGGCAUUCACUAAUGAUGUCAUCUCUAAAUACAGAUCUUUGAUGUUUGAUAAUGCUAAUGAGGUAAGAAGAUUAAAUUUAAAAAUUCUAGAUUGCCAACAAAAGCUUUUUAGCUUUAGCUGCUUUGGCCUAUAAUCUAACUAUAAAAGAAAAAAGAAGUCAACGUAAUUAUGAUGAAAGAUUAAAUAAAAUUAAACUAGAAGAUAUAGUUAAAUUUUGCUAAGUAACACCUUAGUAAAUGGAUUUAGUUUCUAAAGCUUUAAAUAUGAAAGUAAAUAAUUAUAUAUAUUUUGUUUAGAAUUCAGGUGAUCCAGGAAAAAUAGAUAUCUGUUAAAAAAUUGUAAUCAAAGUUAAAGAACACAAAUUACCAUUUAAUGAAAUUGAAAAUAUGGCAAUUUAUGACAUACCUCAUAGACUUAUGGAUAAUAGUAUUAUAAGAGGUGAAAAAACUUCAACAAUUACAUGGUAAUUAUUAUAUAUUAAAAUCAAUCAAGUGUAGUUGAAUAUAUGGUAUCAUAAUUAUCUGGCAAUCCUGAAUUGAAUAAGUUUACACUAGAUUAAUUUGCCUAAAUGAAUGAUGUAACAAAAGACACAGCUAAGAAAUUAUGGAAUACUAUCAUUGAGAAUUAAUACUGGCAAAAUCAUAUAUCUAGAUGGCCAGGUUAAAGGCCAAUAUCAGAACUUAAACAUAUUUCAUGA